AUGGAUUCCUUACACUAUGACUCGCUGCAGCAGCAAGCUGCUGCUCUAUGGAAGACAUUAGAUGAAUUAGCGAGCAGCAACCCGCUGCAGUACAAGGCCUUUAUUCAGCAGCAGCUGCAGCAGCAGCAGCAACUGCAGCAGCUGCAGCAGCAGCCAGUGAUACAGCCCCACCGACCAGGCAAAAAACCAGCAGCAGCAGCAGACGCUGUUGCUGCUGCAGCAGCAGCAGCAAAUGCUGCUCCCGUUACCCCAGAGGCUGCUGCAUUCACGCCUUCUCCUGGCUUCGUAUUCAGGUUGCGCUUGGUGCACCUGCAGCAGCAGCAGAAGCAACAGCAGCAACAAAGUCUCAUCCGUGUAGUUGACGAACCCGACAGCAGCAGCAGCAAGAACAGCAGCAGCAGCAGCAGCAGCAGCAGCAGCAGCAGCAAGAGCAGCAACAACCUGUCUGGUACUGUUGUGCGGCAGAUUGAUUACUUUGUGAAUGUUUGCUCCUCAGAUAACAUCAAAGAACCAGAAGCACGCUACAGCAGCAGCAGCAGCAGCAGCAGCAGCAAGAACAGCAGCAGCAGCAGCAGCAGCAGCAGCGGCAGAUUGCCUUCCUCACCAGCUGAGUGGCAGACAGCCAAAAUUGCUGUCAGCAUUGGCAGCCGCAAAGUGCUACCACAGAAGGACCCCAGCAAGAGCAGCAGCAAAAGCAGCAGCAGCAGCAGUACUAGCAGCAGUACUAGCAGCAGCAGCAGCAGCAGCAGCAGCAGCAGCAGCAACCGCAACGUCAACAGAUCACGCGAGCUGCUGACCGUCGGCAGCGAGUCAUCAUCAACCCCAUCGUUACUCUCUAUGAUCAGCAGCAGCAGCAGCAGCAGCAACAGCAACAGCAGCAGCAGCACCCCCACCAGCACAAGCAGCAGCAGCAACAGCAGCAGCAGCAGCAGCAACAGCAACAUAAGGGUUGCUGUUGAUGUAGUUGUGCAUCCAGCAGCAAUAAAGGAAGCAAAAAGUAACACACAAUUCAGGUGUCUCCUCAGCUCCCUGUGUCUGCAGCAUCUGCUGCCAUUAGAGGAGCUACUAGCGCAGCAGGAGCAGCAGCAACAGCAACAGCAGCAGCAGCAGCAGUUGCUGCAGCAGCACCUACCCUCAGAGCAGCAGGAUAAUAACUUGCUGCUCUUACCGGGAGGAAAUGCCGUUUCCCUACCUGCUGCAGCAGCAACAACAGCAGCAGCAGCAGCAGGAGGAAAAGAAGCAGGAAAAGCACCAGCAGCAGCAACAGCAACAACAGCAGCAACAGCAGCAACAGCAGCAACAGUAACAGUCAAGCCUCUAUUACAUACCUUCUCCUUCCCUAAAUUAUUAUAUAAGGGAGGGAAGGAAGCAGCAAGACAUUUGCCGCAGAUUGCAUGCUUAUCUGAUGCAGCACGUGCUGCUGCUGCUGCUGCUGCUAGAGAAGCUGCUGCUGCUGCUGCUGCUAAAGUAGAUAGUGCAUUAGCAGCAGCUGCUGCUGCUGCUGCAGAUUCGCAGCAGCAGCAAAAAAAAGUGCCACAAGUACACCUGCCAACAAGAACAGAAGUUGAGCAGUAUCAUGAGGAGCAGCAGCAGCAGCAGCAGCAGCAGCAGCAGCAGCAGCAAGAAUUCGAUCCCUUCAAGGCUUUGCGGCAGCAGCAGCAGCAACAGCAACAGCAGCAGCAGCAGCAAUCGGGUCUUAAGGAGACAUGUCUUAUACAGGUGGUGGAGGAUAACCCGCAGCCGUCAAAGCAACAGCAGCAAAAACAGCAGCAGCAGCACCAGCAACAGCAGCAGCAGCAGGCAUUGCCUCUCAGCAGCAGCAGCAGCAGCCCCCCCGCUUCGUCUUUGCUACUGCUGAAGAAGGAGGAGCAGCAGCAACAGCAGCACCAACAAGAGAAUCAAAGCAAGCAGCAACAGGAGCAGCAGAAACCGCAGCAGCAAGACCAGCAGCAGCAGCAGAAGCAGCAGCAGCAGCAGAAGCAGCAGCAGCAGCAGCAGGAAGCGAACGAGCCGCUGCUAAGUGUCAGGACGACACGUCGUUUUAACAACCCAACAGCAGCAGCAGCAAGCAGCAACAGCAGCAGCAGCACCAGCAGCAGCUCAGCUGCUGCAGCAGGUUCAUCACAGGCAACGAAGGCAAUGUCCCAGUGGCGGGUUGAUGGUCCUCUGCAGCAGCAGCAGCAGCAGCAGCAGCAGCAGCAGAAGCAGCAGCAGCAGCAGGAGGAAGAUGGGGCAGGGCUGCUGCCAGCAGAAAAUCCUCUGCUGCAGCGUUGCUUCUCCAAGUUGCUGCAUGAGCAUCGGCAGCAGAGUGCAGCAGCAGCAGCAACACCAUCAACAGCAGCAGCAGCAACAGGAGCAGCAGCAGCAACAGCAGCAGCAGCAGCAGCAAACUAUGAUAUGAGCUUCCAUGUGUCUCCUGAGGGACAACCAGAGCUAAGAAUUACUUUUGCUGCUCCAGUAGAUCCAGAGACACUUGAGGUUACUGCUGCUCCUGACAGCAGCAGCAGCAGCAGCAGCAGCAACAGCAACAGCAGCAGCAGCAGCAGCAGCAGCAAUAUGCUGACAAUAGAGGGACGUUUUGCUGCUUCUAAGGAGACAUUUAAAUUGUCUUUGCCUUGUGCAUAUGAUGCAACAAAGGCAAGAGCAAAAUAUAAACAAAAGAAGAGACAAUUGUCUCUUCUCUUCCCUCUUAGUAAUGCAGCAGCACUAUAA